AUGGCCUCCCCGCAGAAGCCCAGUCCCCAUGGGCGGGCUCCGGCCAUUGUGCGCGAGGUGUACAACGGAUGCCGGCGUCUGGAUCCCACGCAAAUUGCAUCGCACCCAAAUGUCGUGGACUUGCAACAACGGCAAGGAGGCGAGGAGUCGGCGGACGGAACGUUCAUUGAAAAACCCAUCCCGUGGGCUUCCCUGGAAUCUGCAUUUGACGGCUUUAUGGGCGACGGCUCGUGGCGGGUGGGGGUAUGCUGCGGCUCAGAGGAUGUCCGUGUCUAUGGACUCAAGCAAGUGCCCGGUCUACAGAUUAUCCCAUCACUUCUGCCCCCGUCCAUUCAAGUUGGAAUGCUAUCGCGGCUGCUCCACAGAGAUCUUUCCGACGAGCGGCACCAAACGAACCUUCACCUACACUACCACAUAUCCUACCCAUCUUCACCCCUGGAAUCUUUGACCACGGUUCCAGAAGCAUCGGAUACGCGGCAGGAUGCUGAGAUGAACACGGGAAAAUCUUUCUUUGCGGAUGAUCCUGCCCGUCUGCUUCUCGCAAAAGAUUCUACCGUUCAUCGCCCGAUGUCGAUCAAGAUUGCCUUGAACGGCAAACUUCGUUGGAUGACCCUUGGCGGCCAGUACAACUGGACGUCAAAGGAGUACCCUCCUGGCCCCCCUCCUCCGUUUCCCUCAGACAUCGCCAAACUCCUGCGUGGAAUUUUCCCCCAAACGACUCCCGAGGCGGCCAUUGUAAACCUAUAUUCCUCCAAUGACACCCUGUAUCCGCAUCGAGACGUCAGUGAGGAUUGUGACACGGGGCUAAUCAGCAUCAGUUUUGGGUGCGAUGGGCUCUUCCUGGUAGGGCAUACCGAGGAGGAUGGAUGCAGCGUGAUCAGACUCCGGUCGGGAGAUGCUGUGUACAUGAGCGGUGCUUCGAGAUUCGCUUGGCAUGCCGUGCCUAAAAUACUCCCGUCGACCUGCCCCGGGUGGCUCGCGUCGUGGCCGGGCGGUGACGAUUCAAGUAAGCGGUUUCAGCAGUGGCAGGGGUGGAUGGCAGGGAAGCGAGUCAAUCUCAACGUCCGUCAGAUGUUUCAGCACACCGCCACUGCCGCGGAGGACGCGUGA